AAGCCGCGGAAGGGAAAAAAGGGAGAGAAGUUAGCAGGCGGGAUUGGAAGGCCUCAGCGGAGGGAAGGGCUGAGGGACUUUAUUUGCAGGUGGUUGCUAAGGGAGCGGUCUCUUCCUCCUCCUCCUCCUCCUCCUUGCUAGGGGGUGUCUCCGCCACCUGCUCCUCCAGCAGCGGGAUUGGAGAGUGCUGUGGAAGAAGAGAAGAUGCCUUCAAUUAAACUGCAGAGUUCUGAUGGAGAAAUAUUUGAGGUUGACGUUGAAAUUGCAAAGCAGUCUGUAACCAUCAAGACAAUGUUGGAAGAUUUGGGAAUGGAUGAUGAAGGGGAUGAUGAUCCUGUCCCUCUUCCAAACGUUAAUGCAGCUAUAUUAAAAAAGGUAAUCCAGUGGUGCACCCACCAUAAAGAUGACCCACCUCCCCCUGAGGAUGAUGAAAACAAAGAGAAACGAACAGAUGACAUCCCUGUGUGGGACCAAGAAUUUCUUAAAGUAGACCAAGGAACUCUCUUUGAACUUAUCCUGGCUGCAAACUACUUAGACAUCAAAGGCUUACUUGAUGUGACGUGCAAGACAGUUGCAAAUAUGAUUAAGGGAAAAACACCAGAAGAAAUCCGCAAGACCUUCAAUAUCAAGAAUGACUUCACUGAAGAAGAAGAAGCCCAGGUACGCAAAGAAAACCAGUGGUGUGAAGAAAAGUGAAGUCUUGUGCCUGACAACUGACACUGUAAGGAUCGUUCCAAAUACCAGUUGCACUGCUCUGUUUAUAACUGUUAAUAUUAGACAAAUGCAGCAGCAAAUGAAGUUGUUCUUGUAGGGUGGUGUUCUCUUUGCAUGUGUAAUAUUUGAAUAUAGAUUUAAAUCCUUUUGGCUGAGUUUCUACCAGUGUAAUCCAAUGUCCCCAUACUUUUCCUCUGAUACCAAUAAAACUAAACUAAGUGUGGACUCCGUAUGGCAAUUCGCACCGCAAGCUAGCCUUUCCAUGCUUUUAAAUGUGUCACUGUAUCAUUUAAAAUAUAUCGGAUGUCAGAAAUUCAGCAACCUCUGGCACUGUAAAUAAAAUCAAUUGCAAAAGUUUUCUGAAACAGAA